AUGGCGUCUCUCUUCGCUGCCCUGAGCUUCACGCUCAGCGUCUUCGCCAAUUUAUCCAAGACGAAGCCCGUCGCGACCGGUUCCGCAGCCAAGUGCGCCAGUCUCAAGCUCAAUAUCCCCAAUGUCCACCUCAGCGCAUCGACGCACUUCCCUGAAAACGCGACCCUCGCGCUCACCACGCCCCAGUCCUCGCUCAUGACCUCCACUCUCCCCGCGUUUUGCCGCGUCCAGCUCGUGAUCACCACGAACGCGACCGCCGGCUCUACAGCACUCGCUGAGGUGUGGCUGCCUGACGCCUGGAAUGGUCGAUCGCUCGGUGUUGGCAACGGGGGAGCCUCGGGCGGUAUCAACGUCGGCGACUUAGGGCUGAUUGCCGUCAACCGUGGAUUUGCCGGCAUGUCGACAGACACGGGACACGAGGGCAACUUCACGGACAUGUCCUUCGCUGGUCCUGGUGACGACAACGCGAUCUUCGACUGGGGCUCACGCGCGUUCCGUGAGACAAUCGUUAACGGCAAGGCCAUCAUCGAGCAGUACUACAGGCACUCGAUCAACAAGUCGUACUAUCUGGGAUGCUCCAGCGGUGGACGCCAAGGCUUGAAGGAAGUGCAGGAGUUUCCUGAAGACUUUGACGGAGUGGUGCGCGUCGUCUACACUUUCAGCCUUAGUCAUCUCCAACCAUGGUCGUUGCAUAUGAACUUGCUCGUUCAACCAGAAACAUCCGAUCGCUUUAUCCCCGCGAACCUCUGGACGGACGUCAUCGCUCCCGAGGUCCUGAACCAAUGCGAUCACCUGGAUGGGCUCUCCGACGGCAUCAUCGCCGACCCUCGUACAUGCAGCUUCCGACCCGAGACGCUCACUUGUCGCCCCGGCCAGAACGCUUCCACGUGCUUGACGGGAACGCAAGUCUUCACUCUCAAGCACAUCUAUGCGAACUACUUCGAAGCCAACCAGACCUUUAUUUUCAACUCCUACUACCCAGGUGGUGAGCUUGGUUUCUUCAACGGGCUCGUCGGCAACGCUCCUUUCGAACUCGGCAUCGAAUGGAUCCAAUUCUUGGUUCUCAAUGACACGAGUUUUGGUCUCUUUGACUUCAGCCCCGACAUUCUCCGUCUUGGCGACGAGAUUAACCCUGGAGGGGCCAAUGCUAUCAAUCCCAAUAUCUCCGGCUUUGCCGGCCCGUCGCAUAACGGGAAGCUCAUCCACUACGUAGGCUGGGCGGACCAGCUCAUCAGCCCAGGGAACUCGGUGCACUACUAUGAGACCGUGCACACCUUCAUGAACGAGCACACGAACAUGAAUAUUGACGACUUCUACCGCCUCUUCCCCGGCGGAACCGGCGCGACCUCCUUUGGAGCCGCAGGCGACACCCAACCCGCGCUCGCCAACGACGCGCAGCACAACAUACUCGAUGCCAUCGUGCGCUGGGUAGAAGACGGCGUCGCCCCCGGCAACUUCACCGCCGCCCACUUCACGAACGGCGUGGCCGCAGACGGCGUGGCCUUCACGCGACCUAUCUGCCAGUACCCGCUUUCGGUGCGCUUCGUCGGCGGCAACCCGGAUGACGCGUCAAGCUUCGAGUGCGCUCUCGCGACAUAG